AUGGCACCAAAACGUGACUCCGAAGAUUCAUCAGAGCUUUCGCCAGAUGAUCAGCAAUCUCCCAAUCCCGCGGUUGAAGCAAAGGAUACGAAGCCUGAAGCGGAGAAAGCACCAGACUCAGAGGCCGGCCCUCCCAAAGAGGAUGAAGCCGCUUCCAAGGCCCGUCAGAGGCAAGAACGAUUCAAGGCCCUCCAAGCUCGCGCUAAAUCAGCGGCGGAGCGCAACUUGAAAGAAACAGCUGCAGAGACCCAACGCUUAGCGACCGACCCUGGCCUCUUGAACUCCCUGUCUCGCAAACAUGCCUUCGCUUCUCAUAACCUUCUAAAGGCCGACACAGAGGCUGCAGGGGAGGAUUUCGAGCGCAAGCGCGCAUGGGACUGGACUGUUGACGAGUCCGAGAAAUGGGAUAAACGGAUGGAGAAGAAACAGCGUCAUCGGGAUGACGUUGCUUUCCAGGACUACACUCAAGACGCGCGAAAGGUCUACAAGAGACAACUGCGUGAGAUGAAACCUGAUUUGGAUAAUUACGAGAAGGAGAAAAUGGCGGCAAUCGAGAGAGCUGCCGCCAACGGCGACUUGGAGAUCGUGGAGACCAACGACGGCGAAAUGAUUGCUGUCGAUAAGAAUGGUUCCUUUUACUCAACCGCCGACUCCGUCGGAUUUACUGAAAACAAGCCUGACCGGGCCGCUGUCGACAAGCUGGUGGCAGACCUGCGCAAGGCCGAAGAGGUUCGGCUCAAGAAGCGCAGGGAUCGCCGGGGUGACGACGAUGGUGAUGUCACUUACAUCAACGAAAAGAACAAACAGUUCAACCAAAAGUUGGCGCGCUUCUAUAACAAGUACACUACCGAGAUUCGUGACAGCUUCGAACGUGGCACCAUGAUCUGA